AACCACUAAUCAGUCAGUCAGCAGUCUCAGAGACCAUGCAGGAGGCGGAGCAGGGAAAUGGCGGCAACCACCACCGGACCCUCAUGCCCGACGCCCACUUCUUAUGGGCCGGAGCCAGCGCGGCCCAGUUCGCCUGCGCCGUAGUCCUCUACCGGAAAGGAUCCGGUCCCCACUCCACUUCCAUGCCUUUCAGGGCUUGCGCUGUCGCUUCCCUCAUCGUCGGCGCCGCCUUCACCGCCGCCUUCGCUGGCGUCCGUUCUUCUGGCAUCCACAAGGUGGAGGACUUAAUUCAAUUGGGUGCAAACAUAAGAACUGGCCUCGGGGUACAACGGAGGGCAAAGGAUGAAUGACUAUUUUUGGGUGUACCUUAGGAUUCAGAUUCUAUUUUAUCAGACCAACUGGCUGGACUUCCGGUUUGGUCAUUUUUGGUUUUGUUCUUCCUUUCUUCACUCUUUCCCCAUCAAAACAUUCCAUCAUCUUAGCGCUCAGGUUUUGACUGUUUAUUUCAAAGACAGGUGAUAUGGUAUGUGCAAUGAUAUGUAGGACAUGGCAUGUCCAUAGAAAUGAAUUUAUAUAAAAAAUGAGAAUGAACUUAGUAAGUGUUUAAACUGCACAAGGAUUAAAGUACUGGCCGUGUAUAUAUUUGGACUUUGUAUGAAAGCUUUCCCGUUCUCCGACCCUG